CCUACAUCGUCCGUACAUAGAUGGCCGAUCGCAGGAGUCAAAAAGCAUCAGAUCCAUGCUCUCAGUGUCGGUCACGCAAGGUUCGCUGCGACCGCAAAAGGCAUACUUGUGGGCAUUGCGAGCGGUUAAAGUACCCAUGCUCUUUUCAGACAGAGGUCGCGGUUCCAAGUCGCCCGAGGACAUAUGAAGAUGACCUACCUGAGAGACGCCGGGGGUCUCGGGCGUAUAUUAACUGUCGUCUUCAGAAAAGCCGUUGCUCGGGCGAACUGCCACAGUGCACUAACUGCCAACGGCGACAUCGAGAAUGUCAAUAUCCGGCUUCUGGACGAGCUCGCCACUUACCACAGAAAUCUCCUGAGGCAUUCAAACUCACAUAUCCUGAUCGUACCGUCGCUAGGCCAGAGCUACAACAAGGAUUAGUAUACCCUGUCCAAGAUGGCGCCGAGUUAGCCAGUGUGCUUGAUGACUACUUCUUGCAUCUGUAUCCUCUACCAUCAUACAGCUUUCUUCAUGAGCCCUCCAUCAGGCGGAUGUGUGCAGAUCGAACGCUUGAGCCAAGCCUAGUGCUAUCCAUCUGUGCCAUGGUCAAACUGCACUGUAAGCGGGCCUGGCAGUCUUCCGAGAGCGGGUUGUUGGUCGAGUUAUCAGAAAAGCGGAUCUGGGACGAGCUGGAAAAGCCUUCAAUCUUCAGAUUGCAAGCCCUAUUCCUCAUUAUCCAGUACCAUGCUGAAGUGGGUCGAUUCGAGAGGGCCUUCAUGAUGGCUUCCAUAGCAAGUCGCCAUGUAGCUGCCCUACAGCUGAACCAUGAAAGUCCGCAACUCAGCUUUGUCACGCAGGAAAUUAGACGGAGAGCUGUCUGGACGAUGGCACUUCUAGAUGGCUAUUUUUCCGUGGGCCUGCCUGGAUACAGCACAAUCAACUAUGAAGAAAUAUAUCAACAAUUUCCGUGUCGCGAAGAAAGGUUCGGUUCGCCGAUUCCGGAGGAUAUCAAUAUGGUCGCGAUGCGAGGCGACAACAAUAAACGCUCUUGCGGUAUGUUAGAGCUGAUUCUGCGUGUUUCAAAACUUCGCCGAGAUAUAAUUCGUUUCACCAGGCAGUUGGCCCUUGUGGAGCAGCCCCUAAAGGAGUUCCAGGAUAUAGUGGAAGGGUUUCGAGUCAAUUUGUCGCAGCUGCAAGGAGAGAUCGCAUCUGCCGUUGGUCCUUCAGAAACAAUCCGGCCAGAGUCUCGAUGGUUCGUGCGAGCGUUGGAAAUCCAACUAGCAUGGCGCCAGGCCCACUGUGAUCUUUUUCGCCUUUUCCUGCCUGGUCAUCCUAACGCAGCUCCGGAUGUGGUAUUGCGUCCACUAAGAUCAAGUGCCUACGUUAGCCAAGCCCGCGCUAUCUGUCAAGAACACAGUGGCUGGAUUGCGGAAACCAUAUCUAUAGUGCAAAAAAUGGAUCUUGGAGUACUUUUCUCAUUCGAUAUCGCGAGGUGUGCUUAUCAAGCAGCGCGACUCAGGCUGUUUCUCGCGCACAUGCCAGAAUCACGGUCACAACUGAGACCAGAAGCGGCGAUCGCCAACGCUGCAUCGUGCCUGGAUUUUAUCAAACGAAAUUUCGCAUCGGCUGCUCAUGCACAACGGAUGAUUUCAGAUCUCAGCCUAUUGAUGGGAGCCUAUGAGACGGGCGACGGGCAUUUAGGAGCGGCAAUGGCGCUCGAUUCACUCCGAGCUUCCGGUAACGCGGUUGAGCGGCAUAACCAACUUGCGGUCCAUAGCCUCAUUCAUCAGGCCAAUUUUGUAGAUGAUAGCUUUCUCUAUGAGUUGUAGAGUUCGCUACCUGAAAUGCAAAGUGAUGCUCUAGGUAAGGCGAGCUAUGACCGCUACGUCAUCAUCACAGGCGGGUCUCGGAGGGGCUCCGGUG